AUGACAGACAACAUAACUCUUAGAAAGCAAUUUACUAGGGAAAAUGAAUACGAACCUAUAAUUAAUGACGUAAAAGGUCACUCAUUACUAGAAGAAAAUAAUAAUUCUUUGGAGGAUAUUUCGUUAUCUCCCAGAAGAAGCCUUCCUGAUCUUUCUACUCGUGACUAUGACGACGAAUAUAUUCAAUUAAAGCAAAAAAUUGAGGCAUUGAAUAGUAAACUUGCCAGUGCACAUACAGAAAUAGAAAACUUGCACAUGGAAAAGAAUGUAUUACAAAAAGAAGUCCAUGAGCAAAAAAAAUCGAAUUCAGCACUUUACUGCCAUAUGUUCACGGAGUGUCAGAAAGCGCAAGUCAAAAAUAAAAGGAGACUCAACAUUUAUGCGACAAAACAAAUCCCUUGA